AUGCCACAUCGGGGCCAACUGGGGUUGACUUUCACUCUGACAAUUUUUGUGGCCAUAUUGAAUGGAUGGGUGAAUCAGCCCAACUAUCGAGGAACCUUCGAUAUCAUCUGGACCAACCUGGUCACCAUCUUCAUCAGCACCUACACAAUGCUAUGUCUCAAUGUUCCGGCAGCCACGGAUACAUAUCUAAGGAGAACUUUUCGCCGGUUCCUAUGGAUGUGUCUGGGAAUCCUAGGCCCAGAGUUCCCUCUCACCUAUGCUGCAGGACUGUGGAGUCGAGCGAAACACUCUGUGGCGGCUUUUCGCGCCCUGGGCUACGAUGAUUGGCAUAUGCGCCAUGCUUUUUUCGCAGACAUGGGUGGCUUCACCCUCCACCCCAAAGACGGCCCUCCUUUCCCACUCAAUGCCACGCAGCUACACUGGCUCGUGGAAAACCGGUUUGUGACCUAUCCACGAAUCAGUCGGCAAGAUAUCGAGGACAAGUCUAAACAAGAUACGUUCACCAAGGUCAUAACAGCUUUUCAAGUCGGGUAUCUAAUCAUCCAGUGCGUUGCUCGCGCAAUCCAGGGCUUAGCGAUUACGACGCUCGAACUGAAUGCGCUUGCAAUCGUCGUCUGCUCUCUCUCCGAGAUGACACUCGAUCGGCCAUGGAGUCUCACGCCGCUCGACUUCAUUGACGAGAACGGACCUGGAUACUCGGUCAAUGUACAACCAUUCAUGAAGAUGCCAGUGAUUCCUGCAAACCGGCCCAUUCAAAUGAUACCGAAUGAUCGGUUCCCCAUGAAUCCCUACGGUAUCCAAGAGUACUUCCUCUGCUUUGCUACGAUGGUAUAUACUGCCAUCCAUGUGGCUGGGUGGUCAUUUGACUUCCCCUCGCACAUUGAGCGCGUUCUUUGGCGCGUCAGCUCUCUUGUCCUAUUCGGCAUAACCGUUGCUUUUUGGGUGUUUGAGACCACGGCGUCAUGGACGCGGCUAGGCAGAUGGAAGACAAUCUAUCUAUACAUCUUCAAUCGUAGUGGGCUGGAAGAGCAUUGGAUGCGUAUGUCGCAUCAGUUGCCACUACCGUGGGAGUUUGCGUCGAUCGCACCGCUAGCUUUUACGUAUGGGCUGGCAAGGUUCUAUCUGAUCGCGGAGGCGUUUGCGGAGCUGAGGAACUUACAAGGGACAGCAUAUGUAAAUGUAGACUGGACAUACUUCAUCCCACAUGCCUGA